GAGGCGGUCGGGGAGGCGCGCGUACCCUCGCCUGCAGUGGCAGCUGCGCUUCCCAGCCAGCGCCGUUGGUCGCAGCAGCCGCUGCGGGUGCCCGAGCAAGCGGUGGCGACGCUGGCCGGCACCAGCCAUGCUGUGCUAUGUGACCAGGCCAGACGCGGUGGUGAUGGAGGUGGAGGUAGAGGCGAAAGCCAACGGCGAAGACUGCCUCAACCAGGUUUGCAGAAGAUUGGGAAUUAUAGAAGUUGAUUAUUUUGGACUGCAGUUCACUGGUAGUAAAGGGGAAAAUCUGUGGCUAAAUUUGAGGAACAGGAUCUCCCAGCAGAUGGAUGGUUUAGCCCCUUAUCGGUUGAAAUUACGGGUCAAGUUUUUUGUAGAGCCGCAUCUUAUCUUACAAGAACAGACAAGGCAUAUGUUUUUCUUGCAUAUAAAAGAAGAUCUUCUAGCUGGUAAUCUUCAGUGUUCUUCAGAACAUGCCAUCGAACUUAGUGCAUUGCUGGCACAGAUGAAGUUUGGAGAUUAUAACCAGAACACUGCCAAGUACAGUUACGAAGAGUUGUGCACAAAAGAGCUCACCACCACCAUUUUGGAGAGCAUCGUUGCGAAGCACAAGGAACUAGAAGGUCUAAGCCAAGCUUCUGCUGAAUACCAGAUCCUUCAGAUUGUGUCAGCCCUGGAGAACUAUGGGGUGGAGUGGCACUCUGUAAGAGACAGUGAAGGACAAAAACUCCUUAUUGGUGUUGGACCUGAAGGCAUCUCCAUCUGUAAAGAUGAUCUUAGUCCUGUCAACAGGAUUGCUUACCCUGUUGUUCAAAUGGCAACUCAGUCUGGGAAGAAUGUGUAUCUGACUGUUACCAAGGAGUCUGGUAAUAGUGUAGUUCUUCUGUUUAAGAUGAUCAGCACAAGAGCAGCAAGUGGACUUUACAGAGCAAUUACAGAGACACAUGCAUUUUACAGGUGUGAUACUGUCACUAGUGCUGUCAUGAUGCAGUAUAGUCGAGACUUAAAGGGCCACUUAGCAUCUCUAUUUCUGAAUGAAAACAUUAAUCUUGGAAAAAAAUACGUCUUUGACAUCAAAAGAACAUCAAAAGAAGUUUAUGAUCAUGCAAGGCGAGCGCUUUAUAAUGCUGGCAUUGUAGAUCUCGUUUCAAGAAGUGACCAAACGCCACCAAGUUCUCCCCUUAAGUCUUCAGAAAGUAGCAUGAACUGUGACAAUUGUGAAGGUCUCAGCUGCCAGCAAACAAAAGCCCUACAGGAGAAGUUACGGAAGCUUAAAGAGUCCAUGCUUUGUAUGGUGUGUUGUGAAGAAGAAAUAAAUUCAACCUUUUGUCCCUGCGGUCACACAGUCUGCUGCAAGACCUGUGCUGCCCAGCUGCAGUCAUGUCCUGUUUGCAGGUCUCGUGUAGAGCAUGUCCAGCACGUGUACUUGCCAACCCAUACCAGUCUGCUCAAUCUGACAGUGAUAUGAUCUCCGUGCACACUUUAAACUCAUCAUGGACUUUCUAAACUGCACUAAUUUGAAUUGCAACCAUUGAUUGUGAAGAAGGCAAUCGCUCUGGCACCAAAAUAGCAAAAAUACUACAUCUCUGAGCAUAACUAUUGUUCAUUCAGCAUGCCCAGGAAGAUGGUUCGGGGACCUCUUUUGAGAGCAGAACUGUAAACAAUUCAUGUUACUUUAAAAGAAUGAUGUGUAAGUUUGUAGCAUGGCAGUGUUGCCAAGAAGCUAAGUAAACCUGGAGAAAUAUGGUGUAUGCAUAUUGAUAUACCCAGCAAGAGCAAUGCAGCAUUUACUUUUACACUCUGAAAAUUCUUUCUAGUACAGUCACUGUUUAUUUUAAUAGCAAAACUAGCUUUUACAAAUAUCAGUUUAAUAUGGUUCAUAGUUUCUGCUUUUAGCAAACAAUUUUAAAGGGGGCAAACUUAUAAAGAUGGGUUCUUAAACUAAAGUUACAAGGCUUUCAUCAAGCAGCUGCAUUUAAUUAAGAAUUCUGAGAAGUUUAUUGUAUAGCUUUGGAAGUGUAGAACAAGUUUGAUUUCUAGUGUUGAGAGUAGGUUAGGAAAGUUUUCUGAUAGUGCUGCCCCAGGGAGACAUUGGGAGGCCUCAUUCCCAAGUUUCCCACAUCCAACUACAACAGUGGUUUAGGGUGCUGCAGUCAUCAGCCCUCUAAGUUUGCUCUAUUUUUAGAGACUGAUUUUUCAAUCACUAAGCAUUGGUUUCUAAAAUAGGGUUUGUUUUAGAUGCUUUGCGUUAACUUCUUCAUUGGAUAGGUUCUUUACGCUCAAAUCUUUUGUUUUCCACCCCAUGUUUGGGCAUUUUGGAUUCUGGUUUCCUAGUAUGUUCUCCAGGAUACAGAGGGAACUAGGGGACCAUGUUUGGGUGCAAUACUGGCUUAAUCUAAGCUAGAAAAGUACACUGUCACUUUACUGAGAUUUUCUGACUAUACUUUUCAUAUUGCCUUAAUGUAGCAGUAAUGUGUGUUUAUGCAUCUGUUUCUUUGCACAGACAUUUUGU